GUUCCCUCCCCCCAACCUUAAUGCCUGAGCGGCUUGACCAGAGAGAGCUGCUGCAACUGCAGCAAGACGUAGGGCUGAGGCGUUGGGGAUUGCAGAGACAGACGAUUGCACAAAGACACACAGAUAUAGUCGUGUGCAUAGCCCUUGACAACAAAUAGCAGGUGUCACUAGUUAAAGGCAUCUGCUGAGAGAUUUGGAACAGAAGAAGGUGGCCACUCUGAACCAGACCAACUGUAAUACAGAGUGAUCAGCAGCCAUGGAGGAGGCCAAGACCUCUGGCUCUUCUGGGAGCCCAGAAACACCUCCUGAGCCUCAUGACCCUGGCGAUUCCCUGCCCCUAACACCCCGGAUGGAGAGCCACUCAGAGGAGGAAGAUCCUUCUGGGGCUGGUGGUGGCCUGGGCUGGAAUGGUAGGGGUCCCCGUACCCAGAGCCCAAGGGGCAACUCAGUGGAGGCAGUGCUGGGCCGGAGGAAGCACCGCCGGAGGCCUUCAAAGCGCAAGAGGCACUGGCGGCCCUACCUAGAGCUGAGCUGGGAUGAGAAGCAACAGCGGGAUGAGAGGCAGAGCCAGAGGGCCUCCCGGGUCCGAGAGGAGAUGUUCGCCAAGGGCCAGGCUGUGGCGCCCUACAACACCACCCAGUUCCUGAUGAAUGACCGAAACCCAGAGGAGCCUGACCUGGAUGUGCCCCAUGGGGCCCCCCAUCCAGGGUCCAGUGGGGAGAGUGAGGCAGGAGACAGCAGUGGCGGGCAGGGCCAAGCUCCUGGUGAGUUCCAGCAGAGGGAUUUCUCAGAGGCCUAUGAGCGCUACCACACAGAGAGCCUGCAGGGCCGCAGCAAGCAGGAGUUGGUGCAGGACUACCUAGAUCUGGAGCGGAGGCUGUCGCAGGCUGAGGAGGAGACCAGGAGGCUGCAGCAACUGCAAGGGCGCACCAGCCAGCAGUCCUGUCGCCAGGUUGAGGAGCUGGCUGCUGAGGUAGAGAGGCUCCGGACAGAGAACCAGCGGCUUCGGCAGGAAAAUGAGAUGUGGAACCGAGAGGGCAGCCUUGGCAAUGGGGAGCCGGGCACCUAGGGAUGCCCCCAACCAAGUUAACCCAAGGAGACAGUUCCAUUUCAUAUAUAUUUAGGCCAGCUGAGUCUCAAGGAGGCAGGUGGCAGGUAGCAGAUGAAAACCAUUCUCAGCACCCCUGCAUCCCCUGAGAACAGCUUGAUGUCCACCUUGUCAUUUCCACAAUUUGUUCUUUAAUGUCAUCUUAUUUUUCACAGAGAAAAUAAAUGGUUUUGGUGAAAUCAAA